AUGUCGGAGGACGGCGAGGUAAGCGCAAGUAGGGCUGUGGGAUCCGGAAGAAUAGAUGAGCAGUACAUACAAAGCGAAAUUGACAAGCUCAACGUGGACGAGCUGGUCCAGCCUGAACAAAACAAUGCCCUGAAGAAAGUAAUUAAAACUGAUCGCAGGAUUGUUAUUAAUUUAGACACUAAAAUAAGUACUCUGCAAAAGUCAUGUCAGUAUGGAAAGCAAGUCUCCAAAAUUAUAAACUUCAAGGCGGAAGGACUUAGCAGCAUCUCCCUCAAGGAAAAACUGAGACUAAUCCUGGACACCCUCUCGGCCCAGUUCAGCGAAGAAGUGGCAGGAGCGGGAAAAGCGGCCAACGCGAACGAAGCGGCAGACGCGGGAGAAGCGGCAGGCGGACGAAGGACGCGACUCAGCUUCACAAAACUCUCUAAGCACUUCAGCGUAAACGCUCUCCCCUUCUGCCCCAUCAGUUACGACACCAUCCCUCUCAACCUCUUCCUCGAUAAUGAAAACGCAUUCAGUCUCCACAAGAAAGAACAGAAAAGGACAAACAACAGGAACAAGCAGACACUCGGUAACACCACCUACAAAAAGUUAAAAGAAUUUACACAUGACAGCGAACCGGAGAUUAAACUAGAAACGUAUGAACAGUCCAUGAGAUUAAAAGAAAAGUUAGGACAAGCUGAAAAAAAAAAAAAAAAUAUUCCUUUUUUACAAUUCAUUGUUGAUUGUGAUCCUGUCAAUGGGUUUAAUGAAACCACCUUCCGCCUCUUCCUGGUCACGCUCCUCGUUUCAAAGGGACACAUUGAAUUCUAUUGGGAUGCCAAUAAAGUCCUCUGCAUCCGAACGAGUGACUUGUUUAGACACAGUGAGGAGGGGCUCGGUGGUGACGGGGGCGAUGGUGAUGGAGGCGACUACUCUGCUCGCCACACGGGGGAUACCCCUCCUCCAAGGAAAAACCAGGCCCUGCUGACUGCCUGGUCAUACCAAAAGUGGGAGCAGCUCGUAAAACGCCUGGAGCCGCACCGCUGA